GCUAGUUGCCGUCGUCGUUGCCGUGUCGGCAGUCAUACAACUACGAAACCGUAAGACAAAGAUAAAUGCUUUUUUGAUAAACAAAAAAAAAACAACAAAGAAAGAUCCAUGGUAGAAGAAAACAUAUGGUGAUAAGAUAAGAGAGAGAGAGAGGAAUGAUUCAACGCCCCUUCGAGGUUAUAGUGUAGAUUAGCUGUCAAGUGUCACUUACAUAAAUAUAAAUAGUUGUACUGGUUGUCAUAAUAGUACAUAGCAGUACAUAGUACAUUGUUUGUAACAAAUUGAUAAAAAAAACAAUUAACAAUUAUUCUAAAUAUUAUUGUUCAAGUAAAAUGGCAGGUCAUGAUUAUCUAAGUGAUCCAAAAAAUCCAUUUUUUUCGUUAGAAGAUGAUGUUGAUGAUGAAACAUUUUUAAGAAGUGCACCACAACGUUCAAAUGUUGUUGUUAAUAAUAAUUCUUACAAUAAUUAUGAUGAUCAACUGCAAAGACAACGUCAACAAUUGCUUGAACGAAAACGAGCCAUUGAAGAAAAUACAAUUAAAUCAUCAGAAAGAUCAAUGUCAUUGUUGAGAGAUUCUGAACAAAUUGGUGCUGCAACAGCUGAGGAACUUAUAAGACAACGUGAACAACUUGAAAGAACUGAAAAACGUCUUGAUGAUAUUAAUAGUACACUACGUUUUAGUCAAAAACAUAUACAAGGUAUUAAAAGUGUAUUUGGAAGUUUAAAAAAUUAUUUAAGUGGUAAAUCAAUUGAUUCACCACCACCAACAUCAACUUUAACAAAUACCCAAACAAAUGGUGAUUGUUCAACAAGUAGAUUUGGUGAAGCAUUAGAAAGAUCUAAAAAUAAUUUAUCAAAUGAUCAUCCAUCAUUAAGAUUACGUGGAAUUGGUGAUAAUGAUGAUGAUGAUUAUGAUAAUAAUAAACAAUUGUAUGAAUCAUCAUCAACAAAUGUUAGUAAAGUUUUAGAAAAAAAUUUAGAUGAAAUGAGUGGAUCAUUGGCUAGAUUAAAAGGUCUUGCUAUUGAAUUAUCUGAAGAAAUUGAUUCACAAAAUGAUUUAAUUGAAAAUGUCACAGAUAAAACUGAAAUAGCUGAUAUUAUGUUGGAAAGACAAAACAAAGACAUGAGAAAUUUACUCAGGAAAUAAAUAAAUUACAUUGUUUUUCUUUUCAUUCUAAUAAUAUUAUUUGUUUUUUAAAGUUAAUUUUAUUCACGUAAAUAGAUUUAUCAUAUUAUUUUAAUUGUUGCUAAAAAAAAAAAAAAACAUAAGAACUAUAGAAAAGUAGUUGAAAGGAACACAUGGACUUGUUCAUUGUUAUCCUGUAGAUAAAUUGAAAAAUAAUAAAUAAUCCACUUUUGUAAAUUUUAACACAAAAAAAAUUCUUCAGCUGGAAUUUAAGUGUUUUUAUAAUUAUAUUUUAUUUUUUCUUUUUGGUAAUCAGUUGAAGAAUAAUAAAAACAAGUCUGAAGUUAUUUCGAAAUUUAUUUCAAGUGCUCAAUAAAAACUGCCCAUGUUUAAUUGAACAAUACAAUUUAUUAAAAUCAAUAAAAAUAAUUUUAAUUCUUCUUAACAACGUGCAAAUUUUUUCAACAAAAUUCUAUGGUGUAUUUAUUUUUUUUAUUAUAAAUGUUUCAGUAGUAAUUACUUAGAAGAACCUUCGACUUCUAUAAAUUAAAAAAAAAAAAAAAAGAAAUUAGAUAAAGUUUAAAUGAUAAUAUAAAAAAUUUAAUUAAUUUACCUGGAGU